CUCCUCAACACUGCCUACUGUUCGCUGCAUUCCUUUUCUCAAACAAAGACUUCUCUCACCGCAGGUCUCGUGCGAUCCAUUGGUGUCUCGAACUUCAACUCUGAACAGUUGGAACGGGUGAUCGGCGACCCGGCCGUAGUUCCGGCCGUCAAUCAGGUCGAGAGCCACCCUUUCCUCUCCAACGAACGGCUCCGACAGUUCUGCGCCGACAAAGGCAUCCAAUUGGUCGCCUACUCGCCGCUCGCGCGCACCGGAACCUCCGAACAGAAGAACACGACUUCGCCGCUCGACAUUCCUCUGGUGCAGGAGUUGGCCGCCAAGUACUCGGUGACUGCGGCCGCCAUUUGCAUCAAGUGGCAGACACAGCGUGGAGUUGUCGUCAUCCCGAAGAGCGCCACCAAAGAGCGCAUCGAAUCCAAUAUCCGGAUCUUCGGCUUCGAUCUGACCGAAGAGGAAAUGACGGCAAUGAACGCGUUGGACAAGAAUUGGCGGAACUGUACGUUCAGUGAAUACGGUAUUCAGAGCCAUAAGGAGUGGCCCUUCAGUCGAGACUUC